UUACCAAUGGCAAUAAGUUGAGUCUUGAAAUUUGCAAACAAUUACGUACAACUUGUAUUAGCUUCAACUGAAGAAAAAAAAAAUGGAAGACCAAGUGAAACUGCUAGGAGCUUUUCCAAGUCCCUACAGUUAUAGGGUAAUUUGGGCUCUGAAACACAAGGGUAUCAAUUAUGAAUACAUAGAGGAAGAUCUUACGAACAAGAGCCAUGAUCUUUUGACAUACAAUCCUAUCUAUAAGAUGAUUCCUGUUCUUGUACAUGCUGGAAAACCAAUAGCAGAGUCAAUAGUCAUCCUUGAAUACAUCGAAGAGACAUGGCCUCAGAAUCCUUUGCUACCAAAGGAUCCUCAUGAAAGGGCUCAGGCUAGAUUCUGGAUCAAGUUCGGAGAAGAUAAGAGCCCCGAAUUUUUUGCAAUAUUUCACAAGAUAGGGGAGGAGCAAACCAAGGCAACUGAAAAAGCCAAGGAAAUGUUGAAAAUUAUAGAGAAGCAAGGUCUUGGAGAGAAGAAGUAUUUUGGUGGAGACACAGUUGGAUUAACUGACAUAGUCUUCGGCUGGAUAGCGUUAUGGCUGGAAGUCAUACAAGAAGCUGCUGAGGUAAAGGUCGUCGACUCACUUAGUUUUCCUCGUUUAGAUGCUUGGAUACAUAACUUUAAGCAAGUCCCUGUAAUCAAAGAAAAUACCCCAGAUCAGGAUGCAAUGCUAGCUUAUUUCAAACGUCGUAGAGAAAUGGUUGUAGCAGAUACAGCAGCGGCACAAGGUUGACGACAUAUUUUCCGGCUGUUGCUACAACGGGCCACACAAAUAAAGAUGAUUUAUGCAUUGUUUAUUCUAAAGCUAAGCUAAGCAUUAUGUUCCCUGUUUGAUCAAAUAUAAUCUUGAACAUUUCCUUGUUCUCUUUUGAGUCAAUAUUACAAUUUCCUAUGUUUAACUCAGUGCAGAUUGAAUUGUUA